UGAAAUUUGUGAUUUCUUUGGGCCUAAAGAUAUCCCGAAAGCCCAAAAACAAAGAACCUACUGGGCUUCUGGCUUGCAUAAUAAUUGCAUCCUCAACAAAAACCCUAGCUCUUCAUCAUUUCUCCAUUCGGUUUUGGAGCUUCAGCAGCAGCAGCAGUCACAGGAAAACUUCACCUCCGAAAUGCCGUUCAAGAGGUUCAUUGAGAUUGGAAGGGUUGCUCAGAUCAACUACGGCAAAGAGCAUGGGAGGCUAGUAGUCAUUGUUGAUGUCAUCGACCAGAAUAGGGCUCUUGUUGACGCCCCUGAUAUGGUCCGAUCCCAAGUGAAUUUCAAGAGGCUCUCGCUCACUGACCUUAAGGUUGAUAUUAAGAGGGUCCCCAGGAAGAAGGAACUCAUUAAGGCUAUGGAGGAAGCUGAUGUCAAGAACAAGUGGGAGAAGAGCUCUUGGGGGAGGAAACUCAUUGUCCAGAAGAGAAGGGCAUCACUCAAUGACUUCGACAGGUUCAAGAUUAUGUUGGCUAAGAUCAAGAGGGCAGCAACUGUUAGGCAAGAGCUUGCUAAGCUCAAGAAGAGUGCAUCUUAAGCAUUUCUUACUUGAAAUUUUCAAAUUUUGUUAUGAAUUUCGAUCAGAUAGUACACCUUGGUUGUUAUGAGAUUCUGUAUGUUAUUGACAGAUUUUCUAAGAAGUUCUAUUGCGAUAUUUUUGUUAGUGGAUUGA